GACUGGGUUAGAGAAAUGAAAGAAGCAAGCCUUUGACACCCCGCUCAGUCUCCCUGCAGCGCAGCAGUCUAGGCUUGGACAAGGACCUGGAGAGCCCUGGGGCUGAGCUGAGAGGCUGAAGCUACCGAAGAACAAGAGAAGGACCUGGCAGAGCCAUGAUAUUUCCCUGGAAAUGUCAGAGAGCUCAGAGGGGCUUAUGGAAUGUCUUCAAGUUAUGGGUCUGGACGGUGCUCUGUUGUGAUUUCUUCACACACCAUGGAACCAAUUGCUGGACUUACCAUUAUUCUGAAAAACCCAUGAAUUGGUCAGGAGCUAGAAAGUUCUGCCAAGAAAAUUACACAGAUUUAGUUGCCAUACAAAACAAGGGGGAAAUUGAGUACCUGAAUGAGGUGCUUCCUUUCAAUCGUAAUUAUUACUGGAUAGGAAUCCGGAAGGUAGGAACAACAUGGACGUGGGUGGGAACCAACAAGCCUCUCACUGAAGAAGCAGAGAACUGGGGAGAUGGGGAGCCCAACAACAAGAAAAGUAAAGAGGACUGCGUGGAGAUCUACAUCAAGAGGUUCAGAGACGCAGGGAAAUGGAAUGAUGACGCCUGCCACAAAAACAAGACAGCCCUCUGUUACACAGCUUCUUGUAAGCCUUGGUCAUGCAGCGGCCAUGGAGAAUGUGUGGAAACCAUCAAUAAUAACACCUGCACCUGUGAUGUGGGGUACUAUGGGCCGCAGUGUCAGUUCGUGAUUCAGUGUGAGCCUUUGCAAGCCCCAGAGCUGGGUACCAUGGCCUGUGUUCAUCCUCUGGGAAACUUCAGCUUUAGCUCACAGUGUGUCUUCAACUGCUCUGAGGGAAGAGAGAUCGUCGGGAUUGAAGAAACCACUUGUGGGCCAUCUGGAAAAUGGUCAUCUCCAGAACCAACCUGUCAAGUGAUUCAGUGUGAGCCUCUAACAGCACCUGAUUUGGGGACCAUGGACUGCAGUCACCCCCUGGCAGACUUCAGCUUUACCUCCACAUGCACCUUCAACUGCUCAGAAGGAACUGAGUUAAUUGGAGAGAGGAAAACUAUUUGUGGAUCAUCAGGAAUCUGGUCCAGCACUAGUCCAAAGUGUCAAGUGAUUCAGUGUGAGCCUUUGCAAGCCCCAGAGCUGGGUACCAUGGCCUGUGUUCAUCCUCUGGGAAACUUCAGCUUUAGCUCACAGUGUGUCUUCAACUGCUCUGAGGGAAGAGAGAUCGUCGGGAUUGAAGAAACCACUUGUGGGCCAUCUGGAAAAUGGUCAUCUCCAGAACCAACCUGUCAAGUGAUUCAGUGUGAGCCUCUAACAGCACCUGAUUUGGGGACCAUGGACUGCAGUCACCCCCUGGCAGACUUCAGCUUUACCUCCACAUGCACCUUCAACUGCUCAGAAGGAACUGAGUUAAUUGGAGAGAGGAAAACUAUUUGUGGAUCAUCAGGAAUCUGGUCCAGCACUAGUCCAAUGUGUCAAAAGUUGGACAGGAGUUUCACGGCGAUCAAGGAAGGUGACUACAACCCCCUCUUCAUCCCUGUGGCAGUCAUGGUUACUGCAUUAUCUGGGUUGGCAUUUAUCAUUUGGCUGGCAAGGAGAUUAAAAAAAGGCAAGAAGUCUCGGAAAAGGAUUGGAAGCAUUAUGGUAUAUUUCCUCUUGUCCUGGAUGAACACGAGAGCAAUACAAAAUACAGUAUUCAGGAAACAUUCAAUUCAACAAGUCUUUAUUGAGAAACUAUUGAAGCUCAGGCCCUAAGAAGAAGGUAUAAUUCCAGAGCCCCGGCCCUCAAUGCCCAGCCUGAGGGGCCGAAUGACUACUCCUCUGGUAAGCAUUGACUUUCAGAAAUGUGGAAAAUGUGGGGAGCAGGAAUUCUAUCUGCAGCUUCCCCUAAAAGGCAAUUUUUCAGUUUGGUCUUGAACUUCAUGUUUCACAAUUGGAGAAACAUAUACUGAGAGGAGAUGCAGACAUGUGAAAAUAUGUGGCCCAUUUGGCAGAAAUGAAGAUGGCAACACAUUUCUCAGUUUCAGGGGUUUAGUGACUUGCUUUGAAAUUUUAGGAAGGAGGGUGCAAGUAAAAAGAACUAUGGAGAUGAGACUUUGGUGACAUACUAAGUACUGAGCUAGACAACUGAGCUCCUUUUAAAAUGCUGGAAAUGAAGCAGGAUGGUCCAUGAGGAGGCUGGUUUCUUGUUCAGACCACCGUCCUACAAACCACAAAUUGUUAUAGAGAAGUUCGCGGUGGUUCAGUAAGCUUUAGCUUAGAAUGCAAAAGAGAAACUGCGGAGACAUAAGGCAAGGAAGGCCAGAUCAUAAAGCAAUUUAUAAGCCAUGUUAAAGAGUAGGGACUUCAUCUUGAGGUCUUUGGGGUAUCACCACGGGGGUUUAAGCAGGUGAAUGUCACGUUGAAACAUGCAUCUUGAGGAUCUCAACGUUUGGUCUAGGAGGGUCACUCUAUACCAAAGUAUGCAAACAUGCAUGGGAAGUGGUUGAGCCUGGAGGCAAAGAAUUGUUUUCGAGGAAUUUGAAGUUAUUAGGUGCCUGUCUAGAGAAAUAGCAGUGAGGAUGAGCUUGUGAGACAAGAGGAGGCAGAAUCAACUGAAUAUGGUGAUUGAUUGGCUGAGAGAGAGAGAGAGAAGAAUCAAAGAAGUUGCCGUGGUUCUGAUCUGGGAACCGAUGGAUGGUUGCUGUCUGUAUUAUACUGUUUACUGAGAAGGGAACACGAAAGAAUGAGAAGUUCUGGAGGUGAAGAUCAUGGGUUCAGUUUUGCACAUAUUGAGCUUUAGGUGCCUGUGGCUCAUCCGUAUUCCAUUGGUUCUAGCUGUAGCACAGGGGCUAUCUUGGGACAGAAUGGAUUUGGGGGUUCUCACGUUACAAGAGGUAACUGCUAUCUCAGGAGCAGGCACCAUCAUCCAGGGAGAAUGUGCAGUGUGAGAAUGGAAGAGGAUGUGGGAGAGAGAGUGGGGACUGGAGGAACAUCAACAUCGAACAAGUCAGCUAAGGAAAAGGAGAAUGGGAAGAGGUUUUCCAGAGAGGCAGAAGGAAAAUGAGGAAAGUUUGGGUGGUGAAUACUAAGGAAAGAGGGAAAUGGAAACUGUUUCAAAUGCCUCCAGGAGAAUCAGUAAGUUUCCACUGGAUGUAACAAGGGUGUCAGUGGAGGGACUGUUUUCAGUGUUGAGGUCAGGGUAGAAGUCUGAUAGCCAGGGGUGGAGGAAUCAGUGGGGAUGAGAAAGCAGAGGCAGAACUUGUAAGUCAUCUCUUUUCAACAGCUUGGCCAGAAGGAGACAAGAGUGUG